AUGGAUCCUUCACUGUAUGAGGCGGCCAGAUCGGGUGAUGUUGGUCUAUUGAAAAUAGUUAAGAAGAAGGCUACUGGAUUUUUUCUUCAGAAAACGCCUAAAGGCAACAAUGUCCUCCACAUUGCUGCUGAAUUCAAGCAAAUAGCUUUCUUCAUAAGUACCCCACUUGAUGAUCAACAAUGUCGUCCACUGUUUUGGGCCGCUAACAACAAGGGCAACACUCCCCUGCAUGUUGCGGCCAGAGUUGGCUCCGAUGAGAUCGUAGAGUUCCUUAUUGAACAUGCAAAGAAGCCGCCGCCCACUGGAGGAGCCGAUUUGGAAAGCGGCGGCGAAGCUCAUAAAGAGUUACUCGAAAGGACUAAUAUGGAAAAGGAGACAGCAUUGCAUGUUGCUCUCCGGUAUGGCAACCAAAGAGUGGCCCACUUACUAAUCGCAGCCAAUCCUGAAUUGACUUGUUUAACUAACAUGGUGAACGAGUCGCCGUUGUUCUUGGCUACGUCUGAGGACUAUAUGCAGACUGCCAAUAUGAUUUUAAAGCACUGUCCCGAGUCUUCUUUCCAAGGUGUCAAUGGUGUCACAGCUUUGCAUGCCGUGGUAACUCACAAAAGUGAAUUAGCCAUAAAAACUUUGAAGCUUAUGAUCCGCAAAAAUGGUGAUGCAAUUAAAGAAGCUGAUGCAAUUGGAUGGACUCCCUUACACUACGCAGCAUUAAAAGGGAACCUUGAAGCAACCAAACUACUGUUGGAGAAAGACGAUGUCUCUGCUUCUUACAUGUUGGACAAAUCUGGAAUGUCAGCUCUUCACGUGGCGGCCUUUGCAGGUCACAAAGAAGUAAUGGAAGAGCUUAUUAGGCGUCACCCUGAUAUUUGCGAUUUGGUCAACCACAAAGGUCAAACGGCUCUGCAUAUUGCAGUUUUAGCUGGACAAGAAACUGUUGUCAAAUAUAUAUUGAAGGAGCCUAAUCUUGUGGGAAUAAUACAUGAAAAAGACCAAGAUGGUAACACCGCUUUGCAUCUAGCUGCUAUUAACCAAGAUUAUAAAAUCAUGAAACUUUUGGCAGCAGACGGGAGACUGGAUAACACUGCUUUCAAUCGUCAACUCUUAAAGGCAGCCGACAUUUUUCAUAGCGGCAAACUUGAAGAACAGGGCAUAUGUCAUGUUACUACUAAGCUUUCAAAGCUCCUGGGAAAGUCCAUUGGCGUGCAAUCUUUUCAACAGGGUGUCAAUUUCCAUUUUUGGAGAUCGGAAACUUGGGAAAGAGAGGCCUCAAACGACACGCCGCAGUCGCAGAUGCUGACCCUGGCUGUUAACGUUACAGCCAAGAAAGAAAAGCCACAAGUUAACGCGGAGGAGCAGCCCCUGCAGAGACGCGACACCAGGCUGCUGAUAGCGACACUAAUCCUAGGCAUCUCAUUUGCGGCUGCUAUCACGGUUCCAGGAGGCACAAGACCAGACGGAAGGCCAGUUUUACAAGGAAAACCAGCUUAUUCAGUUUAUUUAAUCUGCAACUGGUUCUCCUUCAUGGUGUCAGCUCUCACGAUUUACAAUGAUAUAUUGGAGAGAAAAGUCGUUCGAAUCAAAGUAGCAGCACAACUGAUUCAGUGGUCCGUUUCCUCAUUGAUUAUCGCAUUCGUUGCGGCCGCGAUGGCAACGGCGGCCAAAGACAACAACUGGAUGAACUUUCGGUUUGGCCUCGUCUUGGCGACUGGUUCUACUACAUGUUUUUUCUGCUUUUUUUUCUCUAGGUGUUAUCCAAGAACCGGUAAAGAAACUAAUAUCUGCCUCCGGGAUCGCGUAAUAUAA